UUUGAAGGCACACCAAGGCCCCCCUGCUCCCUGCGUGGUUGUCCAGCUGUUAUGCCGAUUCCAGCAGAGCCAGCGUAAAAACCGUAACCAUGUGACCCAACCCGCGCAAAUGUCCCUCUGCAGUUCAUUUAGCACGAUGGCUGCUGAUGCUGCGGCAGCUUCCUCCUCACUGCACCUCAACACAAUUCAUCCCUGCCGCCUCCUGUCGUUUCUGCUUUCAGUUCUUCUCACUUUCCUCUUUUUUCUCCCGGCGAAGGGAUUGUUUGGCGUCCGCCCAGAGGACACAAAAGUCGGAGAGGUAUCUGUGCAUGACGGGCUGUUGCAGGCAACCGAGGGUACGCGGUUCAUGCUGCGGGUUUACUACGCGCCAUCCUCGGUUACGCAGAGAGCCAAUAACCACUCUGAAAGUGAGCGACCAGAGGCUGCGGCUGCUGCACCAUGGAUCGCGUUUAUAGAAGAGCCAGGAGGAGAUCGAGAGAGAGAAGACGGGGAGAUAUUGGUCCAUCCCAAUCGGAACCCGUGCGUGGACGAACACGCGCGUAGCUCUGAUAUCGAGCUGCUGGGUUCCUUCAAGUCAGCGUCCAGCCACAACUCCGUUCUAGUGGAGCUGCUCGCCAAAGAUCUUCGCAAAGAUGAACGAAUAAAAUACUACUCAAUGUGCGCGUUUGACGGGGUGAAGUGGGAGCAUUUGCGCUCCAAAGACUUUUGGCUUGCUGUUGUUGAGCGGCCACCUCAGGCUAACGUUUGGCUCCAGCUUGGGGUGUCUGUGAUGCUGCUGGGGCUCUCUGCCCUGUGCAGUGGUCUGAACAUCAGCAUGCUCGCUCUGGAUCCCGUAGAGCUCCGGGUCCUUCAAAACAGCGGCACGGAGAAGGAACAGAAAUAUGCGCACAAGAUCGAAUCCGUGCGUAAACAUGGCAACUACAUCCUGUGUACUGUAGUGCUGGGCAACGUGCUGACCAACACAUGUUUCGUGGUGUGGAUGUGCCAGAUUAUAGGGAUGACUCCAAUCUCCCUUGCCACCUGCACUUUCGGUAUAUUCUUUAUAGGAGAGAUUCUGCCUCACUCUGUGGCGUCCAGACAUAGCCUCGCAAUUGCUUCUAAAACUAUCUGGGCCACCCGGCUUUUAAUGCUGGUCUCUUUCCCGAUCUCAUACCCUGUCUCCAAAAUCCUAGACAUCAUGCUUCACCAGGAGAUCAGUAGCUUCUACACCAGAGAGAAACUUGUGGCCAUGUUACGCGUCACAGACCCCUACCACGACCUGGUCAAAGAGGAACUCAACAUAAUUCAGGGUGCUCUAGAGCUACGUACCAAGACAGUAGAAGAAGUUCACACUCCUUUAGCGGACUGUUACAUGCUCUCCUCGGAUGCUGUUCUAGACUUCUGCACCAUGUCUGACGUCAUGCAGAGCGGGUUCACUCGGAUCCCUGUCUACGAAAACGAAAGGUCCAACAUUGUUGACAUCCUGUUCGUGAAAGACCUGGCGUUCGUGGACCCAGAUGACUGCACCCAGCUGAAGACCAUCACGCAGUUCUACAAACACCCCAUGCACUAUGUGUUCAGCGAUACCAAACUGGACGUGAUGCUGGAGGAGUUCAAGAGAGGUAAAUCUCACUUGGCUAUAGUCCACAGGGUGAACAGCGAGGGUGAGGGGGACCCCUUCUACGAGGUCCUGGGAAUAGUUACUCUGGAGGACGUUAUUGAAGAAAUCAUUAAGUCCGAGAUCGUGGAUGAGACUGACCUGUACAUUGAUAAGAGGACCAAGAGACGCGUGUCUCACCAUGAGAGGAAGCAGCAUGACUUCUCCAUCUUUAAACUGUCAGAGAAUGAGCUGAAGGUGAAGAUGUCUCCUCAGCUGCUGCUAGCAACACACCGCUUCCUGGCCACAGAAGUGGAGCCCUUCAGGCCGUGUCAUCUCUCAGAGAAGAUUCUCCUCCGUCUGAUCAAACACCCAAGUGUCGUUCAGGAACUAAAGUAUGACAGGAAGAACAAAAGAUCACCACAGCACUUCCUGUACAUCAGAAACAAACCGGUCGAUUACUUUGUCCUGGUUCUACAGGGUAAAGUCGAGGUGGAGAUUGGGAAAGAGGCUCUUCGUUUUGAGAAUGGAGCCUUCUCCUAUUAUGGCAUGCCGACACUAAUACCACCACAGACCACAGUCAACAGGUUGGGUUCUCGUAGCAGCGGCCUGAACCAGUCCGAGUCUGUCCUAUCAGGGGGCAGCGUGGGCCAGCUGAGUACAGGAGGGGGAGGACUCUACAUACCUGACUUCUCUGUAAGACAGCUGACUGACUUACAGAUUAUAAAGAUCACCAGGAACCAUUACCAGAAUGCAGUGACCGCCACACUGAUGGACAGUUCACCUCAGACCCCUGAUCCUGACGGGAGACCAGCCAUCCCGGAGACUCGUUCCCACAGCAUCGCACUGCCCCUCACACACACGUACACACACCUCCGACCUGUCCUGGAACAACACACAAAUGCUGAGAACAACACCGGACCACUCAGUUCAAAGCUUAACGAGAGGAACCGCAUUGUGCGGAGUAAGUCAGAUGGGCAGAGAAGUCCCAGUGAUUCAGUGUUUCUGCGUAUGGAAGACAUUCCCUACAUCCGAGAAGACCGACCGGAAGACAGCCCUAAAAAACGCAAGGAAGACAAAACAACAGAGCUACCAGAGGAGAGACUGGAAAACCUCCCAGAAGAUCAUCCAGAAGAGCAGCUAGUUGAAAUCCCAGAAGACCAACUGGAAAGCCAAGAAGGGGAUGCUGAUGUUCCGGUGGAGUCAGAUGUCAUCUCUUCUGUGUCCAUCUCUGAGGAAACACAGAGGAGGAAGCUACUUGGUAAACUGGGCAACAAGAAGAGGAAAACGUCUCGUGAUGGGGAGAAGACUGUAGGGGAAGGUUUGGAGAGCCGUCAGUAACCACCUAGCACAGAGACACCCAGAGAAGAGACAGCAGGGAACACCUGGACGGUGAUAGCCAAAGGAGAGAUUGUCUCUGUCUCACUCUCAGGUCCGACUGUAAACUUGCUAGAACUUUAGUUGGGACCAGAUGUAGUUUUUGUCAGUAGACGUCCUGAACCUCAAGACUUCUCUUUUAAGUGUCCACUUCCUAGAUCCAAACCUGACCAGGUAACCUAUUUUUUUUUAAACAGAGGGAGUUUGCUGGGAAGCACUAUGACUUGACUUUGUUAAUGUACUCCGCUGUAUGUUUCUAUUGAGCUAGCUUUCAUCCAGUACCUCUUCUACAAGAGUCUGAAGAGGAGGUAGAAGAAACUAAAUGAAGACACGGAAGGGAUAUAGCAAGUUUAGUCUAUCAAUUAGCCAUCUUUUAAACAUGUUAUUGAUCAACCAAGAAAACACAACUUUUUGUGUUCUACCAUCCGACACAUUCUUAUAUUCAAGAGAUUUAUAUACAAGAAAUUGUCAUUUUUAUAGAAUAGAAUACUUGUAUCCCGUCAGUCAAUAAUGGUUGAUAGGAGUAAUAUUAAUGCCAUCCACACUGCCAGUGUUCUUACAGCACACUGGCUAAAAGGAAGAAAUAGCCAGAACAAGCACAAUGUCUACAACCACAGGGACUUUAUAGUAAUUCAAAGGAGGAGUCUGUCAUUUCAUUUUCUCAUAUGGCCACUGGAUGAAAUGGACAAACAUUCAAGUCUCAUGCAAAACCACAAACCUAUUUCCAGUCCAUGAACACUCAGUCCUGAAGGAUCUAUACUAUUUAACCAGAUUUUUGGUGAAAGCCUUGUAAUAACUAAUUAACUGAGCCGCAACAAACCUGACACCUUAAAAAAGGGAUAUGCAAUACGAGAACAUAUGGUACUAGAUGUUACCUAGCAUUGAACAGGUAUUUUCCUAUGAUUAGAUACAAUUUCGAUUUGCCCAUCACUGGAUACGACCAUUUGCUUUAUAAUAUAGUUAUUAUUUUGGUUUGCCUGUAUAGAAUAGGCUGUUUUUACACUGUGUGUCUGAAUGCUAGAAAAAAAAAUCACAGCCUGCUAAACCAUCCCUUUCUCAUCAUAAUGUACACACACAAACAGUAAACGUGCCAUCUUUUCCUGCAUGGUUGAAACCAGAGCCAUUUAUACAGCAUGUGCCAUCUCUUUGUAAUUGACUUAACCCCGUGACCUAGCGGUCGUGACACCUGUGAUACUGAAUAUAGUACAGUUGUAGCAGACCCACGGUGCAGCGUGAUGUCAGCCCCACAUGCAUGACAUCACAACAACACAGGAACACAAAGCAGUGUUGUUACACUCAGGACCAAACAACUCCCAACAGCUGGACCUUUGGUUGUCAGACCUUCAUCAGAGCACACCCUCCAGACCACUACAAACACAACAGGUUAACUAUUCUCUGGUAAUAAGCGGCCCGUCCAUGGACACAAGGGCAUGAGGAACACAGGUUGGCUUCAAAACACAGAGGCUGUGGAUAUAUGGGUUACGGGUUGGGACCUGGAGGUGGCGUUGGGUCGAUACCAGGUGUGGAGCUGAGGGUGAUGUUGGGUUGAUACCAGGUGUGGAGCUGAGGGUGAUGUUGGGUUGAUACCAGGUGUGGAGCUGAGGGUGAUGUUGGGUUGAUACCAGGUGUGGAGCUGAGGGUGGUGUUGGGUCGAUACCAGGUGUGGAGAUGAGGGUGGUGUUGGGUCAAUACCAGGUGUGGAGCUGAGGGUGGUGUUGGGUCGAUACCAGGUGUGGAGCUGAGGGUGGUGUUGGGUCGAUACCAGGUGUGGAGAUGAGGGUGGUGUUGGGAAGGUACAGGGUGUGGAUCUGAGGGUGGUGUUGGGUAGGUAAAGGGGUGUGGAUCUGAGGGUGGUGUUGGGUCGAUACCAGGUGUGGAGCUAACGGUGGUGUUGGGUUGGUACAGGGUGUGGAUCUGAGGGUGGUGUUGGGUCAAUACCAGGUGUGGAGCUAACGGUGGUGUUGGGUUGGUACAGGGUGUGGAUCUGAGGGUGGUGUUGGGUCAAUACCAGGUGUGGAGCUGAGGGGGGUGUUGGGUUGGUACAGGUGUGUAUGGAGUAGCUGAUGCUAGAUCUGUGCCUAUUUAAGGACACCUACCUUAGUCUAGGGACUUCCAGUUAGGAACCUCCAGGCUAACAUGGAGGUCUGUCUGGUAGGAGGUGGGGCUGGUAGGAGGUGGGGCUGGUAGUGUUUACAAUACAUAAGCAUGAGAGAAAAAGACCUGAGGCUAACAGCUGCAGCCAGUAAAAACAUAAUAUAGACAGAGCAUAGACAGUGUAGAAAGCUCUGCAAUGUGGCCAAGACUCAGUUGGAAAUACACAUACUCACAAUGAAUAUUGUUUUAUAGGAACACAUGAUAACAUACACAGAGGCUUUGGAUUUACUGAUUUUAUAGGUUUUAUAGUGGCAUUUACUCAAUUAGUGGUCAGACAAUGGUCUGCGCUCUCUUAUUUUGUAGCAAUAAUAUUCACUAUUUGUUAGCUGCUAUUAGGCUGGGCUUAGAGUAUCCUGCUCUUUGAUGUGCAAUACUGGCAGAUGAUUGAUUGACUGUGAGAGAGAGUGGCAGGAAAGAAAAAACUGUGGAAGAGAGAUGAAGAGUGACAAAAGAGUGAAAAGAGAUACACAGCAUUGGAGAAGAGGGGGUGCUCUCUAAAAACGAGUUAACUGCCUUUCUUGACCCAAGCAAAACACACAGGAGUGACCUCUGGGGUUAGCUACUGAUAUCAGUGGUAUUAUCUUACUCUGCCUGUAAGGACAAAGCACACACACACACACAACACAAAUACACACACAGGACAAAUAGCUAACCUGGGGAAAUCAAAUAACAGAGAAUCCAAGCCAUCUCUGUUUCAGUUUCUCAAAGAACUAAUUUGGUGAGGGGGACAGAGAUAUUUUUAUAUGGAUUAAUUGAGGGACGGGCAUAUAUAAGGGAACUGUGGAAAUGUCCAAAAGGUUUAAAAGUUUACAUUAUCUUCAGGAUAUCAGGGUUUUCAGGAUCUGACUUUUUAGAAAGAUAAACUCCUCAAUAAAAUGACAUCUGACAUGUUAUUCUGAACCCUUCUAUUGAUCUUUUUUUGCACUGUAAUAUCAUGGAAAACAUCCACACAAAAAUUUGCACCAACAGAAUGUCUUAUCAAUAUUUUUCCCCUUAUCUACACAGCAUCAUCCACACUUAAAUAGGAUUUGUUUUUUAUGAAAUAAAAUUGUAUUAAAAACGAA